UAUACUUGCUGUUUGAAUAUUUCCACCUCAUUCAACAGCAAGCGCUUCAUCAGGCCACCAGCUCAGCCGGUGGGGAUUUUGGUUUCACCAUGGCAACCGUCCCUGUCCUCCUCUUCCUCCUCCUCUCAGUUUUCUCUCCUGCAGACCAAAGUCGUCUCAGAACUUUCCAUCUCAUUGAGAACAGUAUGAAUCCCACCGAAGCUCGAAUAGUUUGCAGAACAAACUACACUGACCUGGUCACUGUGUACAGCGAUGAAGACAACACUGCACUGGAUAAUCUGAUUAGCACGACUGCUAUCAUUUCAGCCUGGAUUGGUCUGAACCGCAAUCAGUACAGUAUUAAAUGGUCUAAUGGAGAUGAUGUGACAUUCAGUAAUCUGACAGGGGUCUGUGGGUCAGGGUCCUGCUGUGCUGCUAUGAAGGCUGAUGGUUCAUGGGAAAGUCUAAACUGCACAGAGAAAAGAAACUUCAUGUGUUAUAAACAAGACACUGACCUCACCCUCAAUCAUCAUUUAACCUUUGGGAAUAUGAGCUGGUAUGAAGCUCAGAGUUACUGCAGGAACACCUACACUGACCUGGUCAGCAUCAGAGAUCAGAACCAGAAUGAAGCAGUGAAGAUAGAAGGGCUGAAGAGCAGCACGUCCUUCUGGAUCGGCCUGCUGAGUGAUGACUGGGAGUGGACUGAUGGAGGACGCUCUGCCUACAGAAACUGGGCGACUGGUCAUCCUCAAUCAUCACCGUUUGACUGUGUACAACUGAGAAAUGGGAAAUGGGAAACAAGGACAUGCAGUGGUGUUUAUUCUGUUCUGUGCCACCACACCCUGAUCCAUGUCAGUGCUGAGCGUAUGAGCUGGGAGAGCGCUCUGGAUUACUGUAAGAGAGAUAACAGGAGUGCUAUUCUGCGCAUUGAAUCUGAUCUGGACCAGAAAGAGGUGGAGUCUGAGCUCAGGAGGAGGCGUGUCUCUGGGCCUCUGUGGGUGGGGCUUGGACAGAGUCAACUCUCUGAGCUGCUGAAGUCGUUCACUAAGCUGGCUUUGGGACCCUGGACCAACUGGAACGAGAGACGGACAGAGUCUCCGCCGUCCCUCGGCCGGGCUGGGACAGACACUGUGCAGGAAGCAUUCAGACAGAAGAUGGACGUUUCUGCUCUUAGAGCUGUUUGUGAAGUUAAACAACCGUAAACAACAGUUUUCUCAAACCUAGAAGAUCAGAGUGCAGCACAGUUCAGUGUUUUCACAGCUCUGACUCGCCUGUUCCAGUCAACAUGCUCUAGUUCACUAGAUGAAUCAGGUGUGAUGAAGCAGAUAAAACACUAAAGUGUCAGAAACUCUUCAUUAUUUAUGUCAAAAUUCAUAUACAGUACAGUUACACUCUGCAAAAUGCUUACCAUUUUGCUUCUCUUUGCUUAUAUGGAUUUUUGUGAAGUGAUAUUUCUACAUAUAUAUUCUUUUCUUUAUAACAGCACUCUGAUAAUCAUAAGCGAUAUGAAUUUAUUGCAGUUGUUUUAAUUUCUGCAAAAAAGAGUUAUAAAAGGAAACGGGUACAUUUUUAUGCAUGU